CGUCCUUGAAAUCUCUCAAGGAACAAUAUCCCUGUCAAUCAGGAAUCAGUAUAGACAUUAUUUCGGCUUCUACAUAAGAUACAAUGGCUCAGACGAAAGCAUUGUCGUGAGUGAAUUACGGCAUGCUAGAUCUGUUAACUGAUAACGAUUCUAGACAUGGAAUAGAACAAUAUCUAUUGUUCAUAUCAUAAACCCAGGUUAAGACCAAAACUGUCUUAUAUUUAGAAUACUUCAUUGUAAGAACGAAAGAUCAAGUAAAAGCUAUCACUGCAUCCGACGGUUUAUGCCACUUCGUAUUGGAAUAUUGGAUAUCGUAAACUUUGUUUUACAAUGCUACUCUUAAGGUCUUUCGUUAGAUAAAACGAAUUGUGUUGUGUGUUAUCGUGGGAAGUUAUGCUCCAACAAAUUAUCCUCGUCACCAAAGCUUGUAGCUGACUGCAAAAUAUAUCGUAUCUUAUUUCUAUAGGAAACAUAGGUGAUUUCAAAAUAAAAUGACUCAAGAACAUGAAAAAAUGAAUCCUUUAGAUAUAGAUGAAAUAGAAGUCAGUUCGGAUACAUCUGAAAAGGAGGACAAAGAAUCCAAAACACAUGGAUCAUUGGAAAAUUUUGUCCCGCAGAUAUACCGUGCUAAAUUCUUCGGAAAUACCUCCGUCUCUGAGUCUCGUGGUGAUUUUAUUUGCGAAAGAUCACUCGGAUUACUUAAAACUCAGUUGCUUACAUCAAAAUUACACAAGAAAAGAAUUAGGAUCCGUGUAGACACCAGUGGGAUUAGUGUUAUUAGCUCACGAAAUUCUACAGUACAUCACGUGCAUAAAUUUGAAAAUAUUACAUUUAUUUGGAUUGACCCCUGUGAUUUACAAUCAUGUGGAAUUAUAGUGAAACAAACAUUAAUUGGGGAUAAUGUUCAUCAAUUUUAUGGUUAUAAACUUUAUCAAAAUACUCAGAAAUUGAUUGGUGUGUUAAAGCACAUCUACUCAAACCUUGAGUUAUUACCACCUAAUGAAGACAUAUUAAGUAAAUCAGAACAUUCUACGGAUACCAAGAUUUUCGACACUACUGAGGAAAAUAAUCCUGAUCUGAUUCAGCUAAUAGAUAUUAGCGACAACACUGUUUCAUCUCAACAAAAUAGCACUGACAAUGGGAACAUUCAAAAACAAUACACAAGUAAUGGACACAACGUUCCGUGCAAUAAAGAUGGUGAAAAAAACUGGAUAACUUUCGAUGAUCAUUUCGAAAACCAAGGGACUAACUGGGCAAACUCUACACCUACAAAUUUAAUGUCUCAAAAUCUUCCCAAUCAGUCAUUUGGUAACAAUGAUCUACAUUUCUUUUCACAAAUCAAUAUGAAUAAUCAAAUAUCCAAACAUAAUUCUAGUCCAUUUAUGGAGAUGAUUAAAGGUACAACACAAAACACAUAUUUAAAGUCAUAUUCAACAACAGCUAAUAUUUGGUCAAAUAUACCACCAACUAUUCAAACUGUAAGUUGAUGCUUUUUUUGUAUGGUGGGGUACACUUCAAUAUGGUGAAUAAAACUCAUUUGGAUUUACUUUCGAAAGUAGAACAUUUAAAAUUUUCAUAACCCGUAAUGGUUGAUUUGAAAAGAUUCUCGUAUUUGAAGUCGUUUUGUUACAUUCUCUAUGACCUUACUUAUUCAUUGAAAUAUUUAUUGAUAAAAUCGAACUUUGUUCGAAGUGUUAUUGUUUCAUUUACUGUAUUAUUUUUCCUUCAUUUUGAUAACUAUUACAUGAAGACUUUCAAAAAAGAAAAGGAAAACGUCAUGAUGCGCUUGGACUCUUUACAUACUGUCACCAACUCAAUUUAAAUGUUUCAGACUAAAGUAUUCCCAAUGGAUGAUCAGUUUUGUAAUUGGACAACAAAACAACAAAUUCAAACUGAGCCAAAUAAUGCGUAUACUAAUAAUAAAAAUGUUACCAAUAAUCCAUUUUAUAAUUUACCGGUUAAUGACACUCAUUUCAAUGUGAAACAAACUUCUCCACUUGAUACAAUAUUUGAUAUAAAAUUAUUCAAUUGAAAACAAAACCUUUAAUCGUUUCUCAUCAUUAUAUAUUCUUUCAUUCACUUUACCUCUAAACUUCAAAAUUUAAAAAAAAAUUGUUUAUCCAUCUGACAGUAAAAAAAAACAAUCAUAUUUCGCAACCCCUCACUUUGAUUUAUUUUUUUUUAACGUAAUGCGUCUUGGUCAACGAUUUUUCUUCUUUGUGAUCUUUAUUUUUAAGAAAAACAUUUUAUUGUUAGACAGGGAGUUAUAUAAUACCCUAUGUGCAUUCUUGAAAACCCAAAUGUAUUUACUGAAUAUUUGACUGUUAACUUAGUCACACUGAAAAUAAACUUAUCUUUCAUAUC